CCCGGGGAGAGAUACCCAGAGCCGGGGGAGUGGCUCCCAGAGCCCGGGGAGAGAUACGCGGAGCCCGGGGAGCGGCACCCAGAGCCCGGGGAGCGACUCCCAGAGCCCGGGGAGCGACUCCCAGAGCCCGGGGAGCGACUCCCAGAGCCCGGGGAGGGACACCCAGAGCCCGGACAGAGAUACUCAGAGCCGGGGGAGUGGUUUCCAGAGCCCGGGGAGAGAUACCCGGAGCCGGGAGAGUGGUAUCCAGAGCCUGGGGAGAGAUACCCGGAGCCCGGGGAGCGACUCCCAGAGCCCGGGGAGAGAUACGCGGAGCCCGGGGAGCGACUCCCAGAGCCAGGGGACAGACACCCAGAGCCGGAGGUGGCGGAGGGCGCAGAGACCCGGAGUUAAGUGUGGAAAACACCUCUGAGAUUACAAUAGUGGUCCAGUACAUGACCCAACAGCGCCGUGCAAACCGUACCUUGGCACCGAGCGCUACGUCCAGUCGUUCCUUAAACACCUCUGACUCGCCCACCUCCCUGGGCAGCCCAUUCCAAUGUUUAAUCACUCCCGAUAAGAAAUUCCUCGUAAUAUUCACCCUAAACGUGUGGUGCAGCUUAGGAGGAUGCCCUCCUGUCCUGUCACUGCUUGCUUGGGAGAAGAGACUGGCCCAGAAGCUGUGCCAGGGUCUAGGGUAGAGCUUAGGAGAAGGUUCUUCCCCCACAGUGUGGGGAUCCAGCACUGAACAGGCUCCCCUGUCGGACUCAACAUCUCAAAGGGCUUUUCCAACUGAAAUGAUUCUUGGAUUCUGUGAAACUUGCUAUUAAUGUCAAAACCUGGAGCAGCGGGGUUCUCCCGAGUUGUGUCCUGAUAGUGCAUGGCACAGGAGAGAGGCUAUGAAUAAAAGAGGCCAUAAAUAAAAGAUGGGGUUCAUUUAAUUUUCAGUAGAUCUCACCUUCAGGAGUUGGGGAAUGCUGCUCCUGAGGCUGUGGCAGACACACACCCGGGAAUGAGGGUAUCAAGUUCUGCUUCCACCCAGUGCUCAGUGCAGGAAUGUUUAGGGUGUUUUCCGUCUGUGACUCUCGGGAAAUGGACCUGAACGGGCUUUGACAAAUAAUACUGCAAAUACAGCCAGCAUUCUGCUUUCUGUCACUUAAGGCAUUGUUUUAUUGGACUUACCAGCAAAGGAAAACUGAAUUUUCACUCCUUUAUUCAAGGAAUUAAUUAAAAUUAAUUAAUGUAAAUGUUUGAGUGUGUUGUUUCAGUCUCAUUUUUGUGUUUCUAAAUACGCUUGAUACUUCUGAAAUGCAUUGCAAACUCAUCCAGUUUUAGCAGCGUUUAUUUUCUGCUUUUGGUGACAACGUGGUUGUGUGGAAGAUUACUCUCAUCCUGGAAGAACAAUGAUCUGCACAAAAUUAUGGACUUUUGAGCAGCCAGAGCCAGCUCGGAUGCUGGAGUAGUUUCUCUGGGAAGUCAUGUUAAUGCACAGCCUAUUUUUCUUCACUUUUGGACUAAUAUUUACUGGAAACCCUUUCUGGAUAAAAGCUGUAUCCUCUGAACACAAGUCCAGACUUUCUACAUUAGAAAUAAUCAUUCCUCGAAGUCUGACAGGCAGAGAGAAACAUCCCCCAUUUUCUCAUGAGGAGCAUUCUGAUGACAAUCUUUCUUACUCAGUUAAAACCAGAAAUGGAACAUACCUCCUAAAGCUGAAGAAAAAUAAAAAACUUCUCAGUGAUGACUUUAAGCUGUACACAUAUGGGGAAAAUGGGAAACUGCAGGCAACACCAUCCAAAAAUGAGACAUACUGUUAUUAUCAUGGCACUGUUGAAGGAAUUGCUGACUCCACACUUGCUCUUAGCACAUGUGAUGGCCUUAGGGGAAUUCUCUACAUUGGAGGCAGAUGGUACGGAAUGGAGCCCCUCAACACCUCCAGCACAUUUGAACACGUGCUUUAUGAACUGGAAGAUGUGCAGGGUAUCCCCUUCCACUGUGGGGUGCUGAAUGGCAGCCUGGAGCAUGAGAAGCAGUCUGUGAAAUACACAUUUUCAUCAAACAGCACCUCCAGCAGGGACAGGCUCCUCAGGGAGAAGCGAGCUGUCCUGCCCCAGAAAAGUUAUGUAGAAUUAUUUGUGGUUGUGGAUCACAACAGGUUUUUGAUGAAGAAUUCUGAUCCUGCUGCAGUGCAAAAGGAAACAGUGGAGCUGAUUAAUUAUGUUGAUGGGAUGUAUAGAGCAUUAAACAUCCAGAUUGUUUUGGUUGGAUUAGAGAUUUGGACAGAUGCCAACCACAUAUCUGUAAUGGAUGGUUCAGCUGGAGAUGUGCUGAGUAGAUUUGUUUCUUGGAGACAGAAAGAUCUUCUGAAGCGCUCAAGAAAUGACGUUGGUCACCUCAUAAUAGGGAGAAACUCUUUCAGUGGAUCCAUUGGAAUGGCUUUUGUGGGUACUGUGUGCUCACAUGUCCAGGGAGGGUCAAUCAGCACUCUGAAUCAUAACAAAAUGUUACGUCACGCCACAGUAGUUGCACAUGAACUGGGGCACAAUCUCGGGAUGAAACAUGAUGAUAAAAGGUGUCCUGCAUCCUAUAUCAUGCACAGCACAGAUAAUGGAUCCAGGAAUUUCAGCACCUGUAGCGCUGAUGAUUUUGAGGCCUUUAUUCUAAAUGGAGGAGGAAACUGCCUUAGAAAUCCUCCCAAAACGAGUAAUGUGUACAAAGAACCUGUCUGUGGUAAUAAUGUGGUCGAUAACAAUGAAGAAUGUGACUGUGGCAAACCACAGGAAUGUUCCAACCCCUGCUGUGAUGCUGCAACCUGCAAACUCACACCUGGCUCACAAUGUGCCCAAGGACUGUGCUGCAAAAACUGCAAGUUCAGAGUGGCAGGAGCAGAGUGCAGAGCAAAACAAGAUGUCUGUGAUCUCCCUGAGUACUGCAAUGGAAGCACUGCCUACUGCCCAGAUGAUGUUUACAUCAUGAAUGGUCACCCAUGCAGCAACAGCAAGGCUUAUUGCUACUAUGGGGUGUGCCAGAGCUUUGAUUCACAGUGUGAAUCUAUCUAUGGGAAAGGGGCACGAAAAGCACCUGAUAUAUGCUUUGAAAAAGCAAAUAUUAAAGGAGAUAGGUUUGGAAACUGUGGAAUGAAAGGUGGAGUGUACAAGAAAUGCCCUGUCCAGCACAGUCUGUGUGGGAAGCUCCAGUGCACAUCUGUCAGCCUUCAAAACCUUCCAGCCUGGAGUGUUGUCAAUAAUGCAUCCGGGGUUUUAUGUUGGUCCUCUGACUUUGACUUAGGAUCAGAUAUCCCUGAUCCUGCUCAAGUUCAUGAUGGGACAGCCUGUGGAGAGAACAAGGCCUGUGUAGGUUUUGAAUGUGUUGAUGCAAGAUAUCUGGGCUACAGCUGUGAUGUAAAGCAGAAGUGUAAUAAUAAUGGGGUGUGUAACAACAACGGGAAUUGCCACUGCAAUCCAGGAUGGGCCCCUCCAUUCUGUAACCAGUCUGGCUACGGUGGCAGUGUUGACAGUGGUCCAGCUCACAGAGAUACAUCACUCCGGGAUGGGCUCCUGAUUUUCUUCUUCCUUGUGCUGCCUGUAGCCAUCCUCACUGCAGUAGCAGUGUUUAAACGUGAUGCAAUAAGGAGAAAACUUUGCAGGAAAAGCAGAGGACAGCACAGGAAUAACAGUGGGCAGGAAGCAAAGCAAGGCAACAGAGCAAGUCAUGAAACGGGAAAUAAUCAGCCUGCCGCAUCGAGUCGCAAUAUUUUUACCAUAUUGCAUUUUCCUGGUACAAGGCAGCCAGUCCAAACCCAGCUUCCUGCAGCUUCCUCAGGACCUCAACGACCCCCAGUCCCACCUAGACCAGUUGUCUGAAAUGUUUCUUGAGAACCCUCAAUCAAUUCUCACAAGUGACUGGCCUGAAAAACAAAUUAAAGGAUUUCAAUGCUCCAGUG